AGAUAUGGUACCUUCAAUAUUCGUCGUGCUGCUCGCUUCAAGCAUUGUCACUUUGGCUGUGGCUGCUCCACCAAAGGUGGUACUCGAAGAAAAUCCUUUGGUUUUUGGAACAAUUCAAGGUAGCCCAAUAAUUGCCGUCAUCCACGGCCAAUCCGAUCCAGUCAAAGAAGACGUACAAGCAAAAGACAGUGAAAAUGAUCCACUAGAAAAAAUGCUCUCUCUUAUGGCGUAAAACAACCAAAGCAAUUCUUAUAGUUUUACUAUACAUUGACGGUUACUAUGUAUCAAAUCUUGUACAUAUACGGUAUUGUUACACAUUUCAUGUCACUGUCAUACCUAUUAAUGCAUGUUGACAAGUUGACGUUCUUCAUUCUUGUCUUCGUAAGGG